AUGGCUAGUACACCUCGCAUUUUCUUUCUGGUCGCCGUUAUUAUUCCCCUACUCCUCCUUCUCUCCUCUCUUCCUUCCGCCGAGCCUGCUCGGGAAAGGGCCGGGGGAAGAGGCGGAGGGAGGGGCGCGGGGAGAACCGGCUUGCGUCCCGAUCCGCGCUCGCGGAGGGGGAACGCGCGAGUUUCCGCGUCACGAUCCAUCUCCCCCGCCGCUUCCCGCCGUUCCGCCUCCGCCUCUUCCGCCACGCUCUCCGCCUCCGCCUCUUCCGCUUCCGCCUCCGCCGCAGCGUCCGCGGAGAAACCCGCGGGCUGCAGCUGCUACACCGUCCGCAACUCGUUCUGCUGCUGGCAGUCGCUCUGCGUCUGCCACAACGUGUGCUAUAACGGAUCCGCUCUUGUCGGGGAUUUCGGGUCGCAGCCCUGCAUCCGCGCGCCGCUCCCGGAGGCGGCGGAGAACGGCGCUGGAAACGAGACUGCCCGCGAAAAGCGGCGGCGGCAGCGGCUGCUGCAGGAGGAAAACCCUCUCGUGCCGGUGACGUGUCGCCGAUUGGAUAAAUUCCGCCGGAUUUUACGGAUCACCUUAAAGGAGGCGCCGAUAGACGGGAUUGGACAGCGCGACAAGGGGUGGCGCAAGGAGAGGGAGCGCAUUGAGUGGCGAGCAGGCACGACGUGGCGCAAGGAGAGGGAGCGCAUUGAGUGGCGAGCAGGCAUGACGUACCUGCAGCCAUUCCUCCUCUCCUCCCCUCUCUUCCUUCCCCCCCAUUCCCUCCGUACCUCCCUCGUCCGCCUCCCUUCCCCCACACCCCCCUCGUCCCUCCCUAACAGGUGGCGCAAGGGCCGAGACAGCAUAGAGUGGCGGAAAGGCAUGACGUACCUGCAGCCAUUCGUCCUUGCACUCCCCUCUUCCUUCCCUCUCUGCCAGGUGGCGCAAGGGGAGAGAGCGCAUAGAUUUCCGCUCGCUGCCCUUGCUUCUACCAUCCUCGCCCGUUCUUUCCCUUUCCUCCUUCCGCCAGGCAAAGUGGGUCAGCUUCUUCUAAUCAACAACGCUUCUAAGCUAGCCUUACCCCACCCAGUGGAUCACUUCAUGUUCCCACGCGCCCCCCAGCUGCUGCAAGCCGUGCAAGCAGCGGGCAAGGACAGCUGGCACGUGGUGGUGUUGCGGCAGCUGCUGGGCCUGGCAGUGGCGCCGAUGCUGGGGGAGACGGCUCUCAAGAAGGCCAGCAUGGCCGCCAGGAGGUUUAUUGGCACAGAGCCUCUAGCCGGAGGCCUUGUUGAGUUUGAGCCAGCGUUUGAAGCAGCCUCGGAAACCCGGCCUCUGUGCUUCGGAAAGGUGGUCAUCCCGGGGAAACUUAAAGCCAUAACUUACCCCGGUGGUCCUUCAGAAGCCGAGAUGUUUAAAGCCCACCUCGGGUCGUCCCUCGGGCUGCCCAAUCCGCCGCUGCCACUUGGCGACAGCCCCAGCGCCCGUGCCAAGCCGCGCGUGCAGCUACUAUUCAUUCGGAGGAACAGGACGAACGUGGGCGGGCGGCGAAUUCUGGAUGAUGGGAGUGACGGAGCACUGUACGAUCUCUUUUAUGACAUGGGCUUUAAGAUCCGCAGGGCGGAUUUCACGCGUCUGUCCUUCCGCCAGCAGUAUGAAGCGGUUCUCAACGCAGAGAUUCGCAGGGCGGAUUUCACGCGCCUGUCCUUCCGCCAGCAGUAUGAAGCGGUUCUCAACGCCGAGGUCAUUGUGGGGGUGCAUGGUGCCGGCCUCACAAGCGCCGCCGCUUUCGCCCGAAACCGCUCCGUCGUUUUGGAAAUAAUGCCGCACAACACGUUCAACCCGCGGUAUUAUUUCAUGGCGGUCCAGGCUGGCGUGAGCUAUUUUCUCCAUCAGCUGCGGCCAGGUGCCAAGCAGCCAUUGGACGAGGAGUUUGAGACGCUGACAGUGCGGAAGUGCUCCAGUGUUCCCGAUUGUCGUAAAUAUUUUUACGAGGAUCGGCUGGUGAAUGUGACUAAGGAGGAUUUGGAGGAUUUGAAGGUGCUUUUGGGGGAGGCUCGGACGUUUGUGCGUCAGGCUCGGUGGAAUCUGAAUUGGGCAGGAAAGCGGCUAAGGAUGCGGUACGAGACACUGUGCUCUGCGGGGAAGGCGAGGGAUAUUGGAUGCCGCAUGGAUUUGAUUCGUUCGCCGGUGGCCGAUGUGAAGACGGAAUGUUUGAUGAAGAUGGACUGCUUAACCGUUAAGCCUAUGUUAGCGGACGACCUGGACGACAUCAUGUAG